AUGGAAAUCAUUACUGGUGGUAAGCUUUUUGGUGCUAGUUGUUUCAUUUUGGAUGAUCAUCAAAAUUUUCAAGAACAUAUAGCUAAGAAUAAUGAUUGGCGCGUGCGGCGAUAUGAUGUAAUGUUAACAAAACAGAAUGUGUCAGUUCAGGCAGUUUCGGACGAUAGUGAUGAUGAAUUAUUUGGUCCAUUGGUGGGAGAUGAUUCCAGCAGACGUCUCGUACCAGAUAAUAGUACUCAAUAA